CUCCGACAGAUCCCGGGAAUAAAAGCCCGGAGAGCUUCAUCCACCGAUCACUUCUCCUCCAUCCACCGAUCACUUCUCCUCCAUCCACCGAUCACUUCUCCUCCAUCCACCGAUCACUUCUCCUCCAUCCACCGAUCACUUCUCCUCCAUCCACCGAUCACACCGGGGAGAACUCAUCUCCUCCAUCCACCGAUCACACCGGGGAGAAUGUGACCAACUUAUCUACAGACAGAGAAAAAGUAAGACCCCCCCGGAACAUCAGAUAAAAUAUGGAUUUCUUCCAGAGGGCCCCGCCCUUCCUCAUCCAGUUACAGAAUAUUUUGCGAAAAUACCCGGACGGAGGACAGAUCCUUAAAGAACUGAUUCAGAACGCCGAUGACGCUAAAGCGACUGAAGUCGUUUUUGUUUAUGAUGAAAGACAAUACGGAACAGAAACUUUACAUUCCAAAGACCUCCAUGUCGUCCAAGGCCCGGCUCUUCUGGCCUACAACAACGAGAUCUUUACCGAUCAAGACUGGGAGGGGAUCCAAAAACCCGGAAACAGCAUCAAGCGCAAAGACCCCGACACCGUUGGAAGAUUUGGACUCGGGUUCAACUCGGUCUACCACAUUACAGAUCACCCAGCAAUCUUUAGCAGCAAAAAUAUUGGGUUUCUGGAUCCACAAGAACGCAUUUUUCGCAGAGGAGGAUGCCUGUGGAACUUGGAUAAAGAAAGACAAGACUUUGAGAAACUUUCUGACCAGUUCCAACCUUUCCAAAAAGCCCUGGAGGCUCUUGGCUUAGGGCGUUGGGAGGAGAUUCUCAACUCUGGCCACUUCAAUGGAACUCUCUUUCGCUUCCCUCUGCGACUCGAUCCUUCUGAAAUUUCCGAUAAUAUCUACGACUCUGAGAGGGUUCAGGAGCUCUUUGAUUCUUUCGUCAGGGACGCUAGCAUCAGCCUCCUCUUCCUUCGCCAUGUUACUAGAGUAGCUCUCAAGAAUAUUGACCGUAGUGGAGCGUUGACCACUCUCCUUACUGUUGAAGUGUCUACCGAAGAGAAUUUUGGGAAUAAGUCAGCGGAUCUUGACAUCAUGACCCAAAUUAAGGUAACAAAUCUGAAGCAGCUUGGAAGAGAAAAAAAAGUUAGUAAGUGGUUAGUGACCUCCAGUAACAUUCAAGGAAACCUCUUUCCAGACUUGACUGAACUGAGCAACAAACUCUGCAACAAACCAGCACUUGACUUGGCCUAUCCCUUAUCUGAGGCCUGCAUGGACUAUGGUGGCCGCUUAAGUUGCAUAUUGCCACUUCCAGACAAGGAGGAAAACAGGACAGGUCUACCGUUGAUCAUUAACGGCUGUUUCGACCUCACUGAUGACAGGAGAAGCCUAAAGUGGCCAGAAAUAGACCAGCAACAUGACGAGGCUGCUAAGUGGAACCAUAUUUUGGUGGAACAAGUUCUGCCUCUACUCUACACACAUGCGGUCUGUAAUACGGUGUCUUUGGUCAAGUCGUCCAAAAUACCAGCUGAUGUAAUUUACAAAGUCUGGCCAGACCCAGAAAGGACUCAACACAAAAAGAUAUGGCACAAACUUGCCAGACAAUUGGUCGAAAAACUGAUGAAGGAAAGAGUAUUCCAGAUAGCUGACCAAUCCCGUUGGGUAACGGCCACUGAAGCGGUUUUUCUACUGGAAAGAGAAUUCGAAGACAAACUCUCUGUGUGCUUAGAGGAAGUUCUUCUGCUGUUAAAGACUCCACUCGUUAAAGUCCCCAGGCAGGUCUAUUCAUCUCUACAGUUGGCUACAAAGCUGGACAGUGUUUCUCCCACUCUGGUGAGAAAGUUCUUACACAAAGAUGGCUGGCACGGGGUCUCUCGUGAAAAAAAAAUGAUGCUCCUGAAGUAUGCCAUCAGCGAUGGACGGUACGAUGAGUUACUCAAUCUUCAGCUGUUGCCAUUGGCAGAUGGAAAAUUCACAAGUUACCAGAACACAGAACGCAAUGGCAUGGUCUACAUUGACGGCAAAGACUUUCCAAGAAUUUUAUUGCCUGGAUUGGCAGAUCGAUUUAUUCCUGAAGAUUUACCAGAAGAUCUACGCACAUUCUUCUCAAAGACUGGGAAAGCAAAAACGUUCAAGAAUCUUGUGUGCCUAAAUGAAGAUGUGGUUCUUGGAAAACUACAUGAAGCUCUUCCUCAGAGGUGGAGAAACCAUCUUGACAUUGUCAACUGGAACCCCCAAGAACGGGACAGUCCACCGAUUCAAUGGAUCAAUACUCUCUGGACCUUCCUCCAAAGAUAUUCCACUCUGCACCACUUUGAAAACCAACCGAUUGUGCCACUAAAUAAAGUCACAGGGAAGUCGUCAAAUAUUCAACUUGCCCGGCUGAAAAAGAAAACAACGUUGCUUCUGAAAAAUAAAGACGGGCACCUCUUGGAUGACUGUACAUCUAAGCUGCUGGAGAAAGCUGGUUGCACCAUCAUACGGGAAGAGAAUUCUUGGCUUUGGCACAAAAAUCUGGACGUGUACAUUUUAGCACCAACGCCAAAUAACAUCCUAAAAACGUUGUCACAUUUAAAUCUGGAUCAGGUUACAAAAGUACUUACAGAUGCCCCUAAAGAUCACCUAAAGCGGUUUGGUGAAGUCCUUUCUCAGGCCUACUCAUUCACGUCUCCAGAGCUGGAAAUUUUGUACAAGCUGCCAAUCUUCUGCAGCGCCCCUUGUAUUGCGGCCCCGUCCUCAAAACUGGUGGCUGCUGUCCACUUAGCAGCCGUAGACAAGGACACUGUCCCCGCUGUCUCGGACAGCCUGAUGUUUCCAGAUGUGUUAAUAAAAUGCAGAGAUGCUUUAGACCAGAGGCUUCUCCAACUAAUGCAAAUCAGAUUGCUCAAUGCAAAAGAUGUGGCUUUACUGAUGGCGAAAGCCAUCCAAACCAGCAGCUACUCUGCUUUCCCAGCUGAAAUUGAGAAGACGAUGUUGUGGAUCUUGAGAAACGGACAUGUGCUAUUUGCCCAGAAUGACCAGCUGACGAACCUAUGCAGAAGCCUUAGCUUCAUGCAGUGUAACGGUAGCCUCAAACAACCGUCUUCUCUCUUUGAUCCGAACGUGGAUAUACUGAAAGAGCUGUUUGACACGCAUCAAUUUCCCCCUUCAAACUUUCGGGAAGAUUCGGUUUUAACAUCACUGAAGCAAUUGGGGAUUAAAGACUCCAUCCACAAAAUUACACCUGAUGAUGUUUUGCAGAUUGCUGAAACUUUAAGUUGCAAGAGAAUAAAAAAAGGCCCAAGCUCUUUAAAAAAGGCCAAAGCGCUUAUAAGGGUUUGCAAUGAAACAUCGGUUUUGUCUCAGUUUACUUUGGCCAACUUAAAGAGGCUCUGCAACCUUUCCUGGGUCCCAGCUAAAACUCACAACUCACAGAUGGUUUUUGGUGAACCAGAAAACCUCAGAGACGUGGCCUACCGUGACAUAGUGGAAUUUUCAAUGCCUCUAACCGAUGACUUUAAAAAAGAGGCAAAUGACCGCCUUGGCUUAAGCAAACCACCACCUUCUGCAAAAGUGAUUGAAAGUCUUAAAGUCCUCGGCCAAAAAUAUUCUCAGAUGGAUUAUUAUUCUCUUGAAAGGAAACUUCAUAAUAUUUACAAGUACAUACAAGAUAACCUUCUCCAGCUGCACAAUGAUCUUCUUUCGGAAGUCAUGAUUUGGAAUGGAGAUAAUUUUUCCUGCCCAGAUGAAAUUGUUUUGUCCUAUCCUGAAGGUUUGGAUUUAAGCUCCUUUACCAAAAAAGUUCCACCCGCUUACUUGACUUACCAAAACCUUUUCUCAAAAUGUGGGGUAAAGAAAACCUUAUCAAACCAAGAUGUCGUCAAUGUACUGCAUACGGUAAAACAGCGCUUAGGUGAUGCUUGUUCUAAUGUCCGCACUUCCAAAGACUUGAAACUUGCACUCUCAGUCUUGGACUGGAUGAAAACAAAUUCUAUACAGGGAACAGAUGACCUUCUUAUACCAGUCCAGUCUGAAAACAAUGGAUUUAGCCUCGAACCACUCUCUAAAACUCUCUUCUGUGACAUUGAUAAACAGAAUAUGUCUGAUAACUUUACAGAUACAGACUGUUUUAUUGUACAUGAUGAGGUUUCUGUGGCAACAGCAAAGUUUCUGAAGAUCCAACUUCUGAGCACCAAGGUCUUGAAGCCAGAAUUUUUCGAAGCCUGGGGCCAAAAUGAACCAGUGACUCUUCGCAUUAAAAACAUCCUUCGAGAAUACAGUGAACACUCUGAAGUUUUUAAAGAACUUUUACAAAAUGCAGAUGAUGCAGAUGCAACAGUUUGCAAAUUCUUGGUGGACAGGAGACACAAUUUGGACUCCCGAAAAACCCUAAUAGAUCCAGGCAUGGCUAGCUGUCACGGGCCGGCCUUGUGGUCUUAUAACGACAGCAAAUUUGCAGAUAAGGAUUUUAUCAACAUUACCCGUAUCGGAGCAGCCACUAAGGAAACUCAGAUGAAAAAAAUUGGAAAAUUUGGCUUGGGUUUUAAUACCGUGUACCAUAUCACCGAUGUACCAGCAAUAAUGAGCAGUUCCACCUUAAUCAUAUUUGACCCAAAUGUGAAUCACUUGCAGAAACACAUUCCGAGCAAUAACCCGGGAAUGAAGCUGAAUCUUCAAAAUAAUGCAAAACUUCUUUAUACUUUUCCUGACCAGUUCCAGCCAUUCAUUGGGGUGUUCGGUUGCAACUUUGCAGAAGAACCUUUUAACUUUGAUGGGACGCUUAUUCGCUUACCGUUUCGGAGCGAAGAAGAAGCAAACAAAUCGAAAAUCUGUCACCAAGCAUUCAGCGAAGAAGAGAUCAACAUGCUCAUAAGCGAUUUUGAGAGUUUUUCAGAUAUUCUCUUGAUUUUCAUAAAGAAUGUCAAAGAAGUGGAAUUAAAUUGCCUAAACAAGGGAUUUAACCCUGAAGAUCAAUUGACCAAAGUGCAUCUUCGGAAAGAUAUCCUUGAAAGACUGACUGUGCCUCAGAAUGUUCUCUUACAAAAGGAGCAAAUAAAUGUCUCCAAAAAACUGACUGUGCCCACGGAAACCUUGGUGGACAUCACCACAUCAAAAAUCAUAAAAAUUAGCGUACGGAAAGCAGUGAAAGAUGACGAUAAAUACUUUCUUAUACAAUCUAGCCUCGGAAUCAAGGAAUCGUUCCAGAUGUUCAUGCAAGAUGACAAUAUUAUUUCUUUUCCAGCUUCUGGACUUGCCAUUCCACUAAAGAAAGAUCACAGCACUGGAAAAUGGGCCCCAGAUUUAGAAGACUUCCAGGGGAUGGUCUUCUGUUUCCUCCCCCUCCCAGUGUCCUCUGGACUUCCUUUUCAUAUAAAUGCAGCUUUUGCCGUCAUGUCCAAUCGGAAAAACCUGUGGGACACAACUGUAAAGGGUGACUGGAAUAAGAAGUUACUCUGUGAUGCUUUACUAGUCGCUGCCAUCACUGCCCUGUCACAGAUGCAGAUACUACACCAGAAGGGUGACUUGAAGGACUACUACUACUAUACCUUCUGGCCAGACAUCAGCAAAGUCAACACAUUCUUCACGGGAGCUGUGAAGAGCUUCUACCAGGCAAUAACUUUUGGAUUUGGAAAUUCAAUCCCCACCCUCGUUGGCAAUGGUCAGGAAUGGUGCACCAUAAAACACGCUUGCUUUCUCGAACUAGAAGAUUUUGAAAACCUGGCCAUUCAAAGUAUUGCCAUAAAGGUGUUCUCCUCUGUUCUUAAAAAGCCAAAUUUGUCAGUAAGUCUCCCCCAAUGGGUGAGGGAAAGUCUCCAUGCCUGUGGUUGCCUCGAGGAGCUGCAGAAUAAUUUUUACAGUACUGAAAGGUUCUACAAAGAGAUCCUUCUUCAAAAUCUGGAUGCCAUAAAUGCAAAAGACAGAGAUAUGCUAGUACUUUAUGCCAUUGAUCUACAAAAUAAAAGCCUGGAUAAUAUACUGUCAUCAAAACCUUGCAUUCCAUCAUCUGAUGGGAAAUUGCAGCUAAUUGGAAAACUGGUGCAUCCAAUGGGAAAAGUCUCCAUACUGUAUGAUCCCGAAGAAAGACGUUUUCCUGAAGGAGUUGAGUUUCUCAAACCAGAAAGACUGGCACGUCUACAGAUUUUAGGGAUGCUGAAGGACAGAUUACCCAUGGAAGAGCUCAUGGCAAGAACCAGUAGAAUACCAAAUAUCUGGACGAUUGACAGAACAAAAGCUCUAAAACAAAUCUGUUGCGUUUUGGAAUUGUUAAAUGACCUACUUCAACAAGAACCCAAUGCUGCCCAUUGUGGAGAAUUCAGAGACAUUGUGUUUCUUCCUGCAAUACCACCUAAAAAAGAAGAUGUCUCAGGAAAUCUGACUUUAAUGAAGUCAAAAGGACUUUAUCAUUACAAGCACAGAGCACUUGUCUGCCUGGUGGAACCAGUGCUAGGCAAAGAAAAUUUGGAAAAAGUCAAGUUGUCCGAACCGUUACUGUCGUUCUUAGGGCUUGAUCAGUCUCCUUCUUUCUCAACUGUGCUAUCUCAACUGGAAGAAGCUUGUAAAGCACCAAACUUGUUAAAUUCUGAAGAAAUGUCUCGGGUGGCCAAAAGCUGCUACAAUUUUUUAAAUAAACAGGUAAAAAAACAGCCGAAUCUUGCUGCCCAAGUAAAGGAGAAAGUCUCUAGUAUGCACUUUGUCUACGCUGAUGAUGAGUUUGUCCCAGUGAAAGUGGUUGCAAAGAAGCUUCCUUUUCAUGCGCUCCCUUAUUUGCAUAAACUGCCAAAAGAUUAUGAAACCUUCAAUGAACUCUGGACUUGUGUCGGACUUCAGGAGGAAUUUUCUACUGAAGAUUAUCUUUCUGUUUUGAAACGGAUGGCUGUAGAGAAAGGAGAAAGACCUCUUUCAGCAAGUGAAUUCCAACUGGCAUUGCACUUAAUUAAUCACAGCUUGAUGACUCAAAAUUCACAUAAUCUGAUAGAUAGGCAGCUAGUUUUUUUACCAGACAAGCAAGGCGUAUUGCGUCACGUGGAUAAAAUAUUUUACUAUGAUACUCCCUGGCUUCCCUGUAAUGAAACCCUACAUUUCUGCCAUGAGCUUGUUCCUCGAGCCGUGGUAUCAAUAUUGGGGGUCAAAACAAAAAUUCAUUACACCCUUCAAAAAUUGAAAGUCGGUGGUCUCUCCAAGUGGGUCUCACAAUUCGGUGCCAAGGAGCAGCUCACCACCCGUAUCAAGAACAUUAUAAAGGAGUACUCUUCAAAGAAAGAUAUUUUGAAGGAACUCAUUCAGAACGCAGAUGACUCCGAAGCUUCUGAAAUUCAUUUUGUGUUGGACUGCAGAACUCACCAGACAAAAAGCACCUUUGGCGAUCAGUGGAAUAAAUUACAAGGUCCAGCUCUUUGUGUUUACAACAACAAUAUAUUUGAGUCCAAAGAUAUUGAUGGCAUUCAGCAGCUGGGAAUAGGUGGCAAAGAAGAUCGAUUAGACAAAACUGGAAAGUUUGGACUUGGCUUUAAUUCCGUAUACCACAUAACAGAUUGUCCAUCUUUUGUCACAGGUGACGCCACCUUGUGCAUCUUUGACCCUAAUCUUAUGUUUUUGGAAAGUGCUGAUGAAUCCAGCCCAGGUGGCAUGUUCUCUGUGAAUAACGAAUUUAAGCUCACAUUUAUGGACGUGUAUGAUACAUUCUUGCCUUCGAAUUUCAAUCUGGAAGAGGGCACUCUUUUUCGUCUACCGCUCAGGAUGUCAAACACAGUGUCGGAGUCCAAAAUCAGUGACCAAACUUCAACACUGGAGGAUAUUAAAAGUAUGUGCGAGGAAUUAAAGAAUGAUGCUGACAACAUGAUUUUGUUCUUGAAUAACAUCAGGAGAAUAAGUUUUUCUGAAAUGACUACCAGUGGACAUUUAACUGAGAUCCUCUCAAUUGAAUCUAAAAUAAAUGAUCAGGAUAAAGAAAGGUUGGCUUCUUUCCAACAAAAGUUUUCCAAGCUGGCUGGGAAUUCUGCAGAUUUGUCUGACACCUCACCAUUCCAAGUGAUAUACAGACUGAAAAUAGCUCGAAAUGACUCUAGCAGGGCAACAGACUGGCUUGUAGCCAAGCAGGUGGGUACGGAAGGCCUGGACACCCUGAAGAAAGUUUCUGGUCGUUUACAUCAAACAAUGAUUCCGCAUGGUGCUGUCGCAACCUACCUUCCAAUCUCAGGUCACCUUCCAGACCGCCUUCCAACCGACUGGAAGGGUAGAGCUUUCUGCACCUUGCCUUUCCCUCUAGAAACUGGUCUCCCUGUACAUGUCAAUGCUAAUUUUAUUGUUGAUUCAGCAAGGAGAGGCAUCUGCAUAGAGGAUGGUGAUAGCCCAAAGACUGAAUGGAAUGAGUUUUUGUUAUCAGACAUUAUAGCUCCACUCUACUGUUGCGUUCUCAAGUUCUUGUGCAAAAUAGUUACCAAGCAGAAAAGGGAACCACUCAUUUUUCCAAAUGUUGACUCUUGCAGUUUGUUUUUGAAUUCAUAUUUGGAUCAUUUUCCAUCUGUGAAUAUAUCUGUGCCACCUCAAUGGCAAACCUUAGUUAAGGAAGUCUACUUGACAAUUUUUAAAAGUAAAGCACAAGUGAUUCCAAUAUACAAAAUGCAUAAAGUGAAAGAAAACUUUGUAACUAUGACAAGUGUUCAUGUUGAGUGGUCAAGUAUUGGAAAAGCCACAAUUGUAGAGGAGCCCUUCUUUCUUUCCCAAGAAGAAUCUAAAGAAAUUGGAAAUAUACUCCAAAAUAUUAACAUGCCUAUUGCGUUUGGAGGAAUCAAGAAUUUUCUAUGCAAUGAACUGAAAUCAGCUGGUGUACCUGUAUUUGAACUUAGUCCCCAGACCUUGUGUGAGUUCUUAAGGCUACUUCCUCAUGGACAAGUUCUUCCUGGUCCCAUCUCCAUGUCUCUUUUUAGAAAGGAGAAAUAUUGCAAUAAGUUGUUAGAUUACUGCUUGAAAGACUGUUCAAAGAACUCAGUUGACCUGCAGGGGGUUCCUUUACUAGUGACUAAGGAUGAAAUACUCCGCACCUUUGACAAAGAUGAUCCGAAAUUUUUUUCCAGAUUCUCUGAGCUUUUCCCAGAAGAAAGUAAUCAGUUUGCUACAUGUGAUAACCCGUUUUUGACAGAUCGUGGAUUUUUAAAAUCCUUUACUCUUGCAAAUUCUGUCAGUUUUGUUAAGAGACACUUAGGGCCAUUUCAUGACUUGUCUUCUUCCAAAAGCAAGUGCGGCCUUCCCCUUUCCAAAGAGAUAGAAAGCUGGCUGAAAAGAUUGUGGGAAUUCUUCGAAAGGGAAAUCUCCAAGCAAAAAAGGGACUAUAGGAAAGCACAUUUUGAGACUAUCGUUUCUAAUUUCAAAAACUGGGCAAUUUUGCCGGUGUGUUACGAAAAGGAACCAAAAAUCCUUUCUUUUGCUGACAUCAAAGAUUUGAUCUUUCCAUGUGGCAGUGACAUUGCCAAAUACAUGCUGAAAUUGGGAUUCCCCGAAUUAAAAUUGAGUUUAUUUCCUUUAAGUAUUAUUGAUUUCUUUAGGCCCUAUCUGAUUGACCCAGAAAAUGUUGGAAAUGUUCUCGAGCGUCUGAGCUCCAAAACAGACCUUAAGUGGGAGUCAUUGGAAAGAUGGGAUCUGGACAUGAUUCUGGCCUGGAUCUUAUCACAGCUCCAAAAACAAAGCAACCCAAAAAACAUAAAAGAUCUACAUUGUGUACCUUUGUUUGAAACCUUUGAUGGCAAAAGACAAAGACUGAAUGGAUGCCAAAAGAUCUAUGUACUCACUGCACUCGAUGUAGAAUCUCUUAAACUUUCAGAAAUUGACUCACAGACAGCGUUCCUUAAAAAUACCAGUUUUAACCAAAAAGCUGCCAAAAUAAUGAACAUUCCAAUAAUCAAUGAACUUCAAUUAAUUACGGAUUUCCUUCUUCUUCAUCUAAAGUUCCUCAAUGAAAAUAAAUUAUUGGGACUUCUACGGCUGAUUGUGGCACUGCAAAGCUCUCAAGAUUUCCAAAGUAAGAAAGAUGUCCUCUUCUCUUCUCUUAGAAGUAUCAAACUGAUCAGAAACAAACAAGGAGUACUAGAGCCGGUCUCCUACUUCUAUGACCAUACCGUAAAACUCUUCUCUACAUUUGGUCUACAGGACUAUUUUAUCCCAAGUGAUGUUUGGAAGUUGUUUGAAAGGUUUAAACCACAAUUCCAAAUACUUCUGCAAGAACUUGGAAUUAAAUGCUCUUUUACAGAAGAUGAUGUCAUCAGAUUUGCGUCUCAAGUAGAAAAUGAAGCAAAAACGAUGGUCCCCUCAAAAUCCCUGACUGCAAAAGCUAAAGAGAUGUUUGAUUACUUGUUAUCUAUGGAUAUGGAUAAAGUAAGUGCCGAUUUUCCUUCAGAGGUGGGAAAAAUUGCAUUCAUCAUUCCUUUGAAUGUCCAAGAAGAGUUAAAAGAUUUACACCCUUCAUUUGCUGGGAAAGACCUGACGGUAGCGCUCAAAGAAUCACUACUAGUGAGGAAAAACGACCAACAACAUUUGGUUUGGACUUCCAUGACACUAAUAGAGAAGUGCAUAGUCGGCAAGAAAAAGCUUGAGUUCUUGGAAAGAUGUGGGGUACUUCUUGAGCCACCUGUUCAGAAGGUAAUUGAGAAUGUGAAAAACGUUUGUAACGCUCAGUGCAAUAAAGAACAUUUCCAAACUAGGGGCCAGGUCUUAAAGAUUGCUUACGAUUUCCUUCAGAACCACAUUGAUGAUGUAGACUGUGUUUCUCUGGAAAAUGUUCCUUUCAUUUUAGUAGAGAACAAUGUUGCCCUUGCCGAGCCAAAACAAAUUGUGUUUAAUGUACAAAACCACGAUGACUUUCGUCCAUAUCUUUACAAGCUGCCUCCGUUGCUGGCAUGCUUUAGCAAUCUCUUCCAGAAGGUAGGGGUUGAGGAAGAGGCAUCUAUAUUUCACUUUGCCCGGGUUCUUUCGGCUGUUUAUGAGGAAACCCUAGAUAAAACGUCUUUGCACGCUAAUCUCACAAAAACUGUCUCUGAGACAACUAAACAAUUUUUUACGUUGCUGGAAAAGCCGGCGCCGAAAGAUCUUCAGAACCUCAAGCCACUUUACCUUCCAUCUGUUGAUGGCAAACUCUACGAGUCAUCUGGGUUAAUUCUAAAUGACUGCCGAUCUUAUAGCACCACGUUGAAACUUAAAGGUAUAUUUAAGUUUAUUCACUCGGAUGAAAACCAACACAGAACAAGACAUCUCCUCAGCCUACUACCUGUAGAUAUUCGGCCAAGAUUGCUUUCUGACAUCACAGAAGAGUCUAUCGAUAAUUUGAAGGCCUGUCCGCUUGGAGAAGGCUGCACAGUUAAAAGGAACUUCACAGAACUACUUGUCUCACCGAUAUUUUGUAAAGGUCUGGGUUGCCUUCUGUGCAAGCAGAGCAAUGGUAAAACUACCCAGAAAGAAGCAGAACAAACCUGCAGCAAUAUCUUUGGAAGAAUAAAAUUAAUAUGCUGCUGUAAAUUACAGACCAGUCUCGUGUACGAGAACGCCACUUUAAAGGGUACAACUUCGGAAAAAACAGUCUUUGUGAGAUAUGUUGACAUGUGCUGCCAGAUUUAUCUCGAACACAGUAAACUCGCCAAAAGAAGAAAGGCCGUUCAAGUCAUGAAUUCCCUUUCAAGAGAAAUUAAUAAUCUGAUUAGAAAUAAAUUAGACCAUAGCUCAUUAAUUGUUGUUGCGGAAAUGCUUGCCUGCGAUGAUCCCGAGGAAAUGAUUGAGGUGCUGAAAGAACACGAGGUGUGGAGCAAUAUGCUGGAAACCAAAAAUGCCUUCACUUUGCCAAAACCCGGAGAGAAGAUUCCAGAUGAAUGGUAUGAUUGCUUGGACAUGAGCGUUCAGAAUAGAUUCAGGGUAGGUGACUAUGUGGGCUACAUGGUUCCUGGAGAAGAUGAGGAAUACCUGUAUGCUGUAGUUGUCGAGGAACUGGAAGCAAAAACGUUCGGCAACUAUCAACUUCCCAUGUAUCGCAUAGACAUCGGUCAAGAAGAAACAAUUGAAGUCAGCGUCCUUGACUUAUAUCAGUUCAAAAGGUCUCCAAGCCAUAAUUCAAAGGCUCUUGUUCCCCUUGGCACCCCACCGCCUCACCAACAACAGAUCGAUGACCGAUGGUUUGAAAGCUCAGUGGAAAAAAUUAAAGCAGACAUUGACCUUCAGUUAAGCCAAAUAUGGCAGCUGCCUCAAGUUGAGAGGAUCAAGGCUAUAAGACGUCUUUACCUAAAGUACCACCCAGACAAAAACAUUGGCCAAGAAGGCAUCUCAACAGAAAUUUUUAAAUACAUUCAGCAAAGGGUCAAAGAAUUGGAAUCUGGUGAGAAGAAAGAUAAUCACACAACACCCAAUCACCAUUCCAGCUCUUUUGGAGGCUUCUCCACAUUUUGGGGCAAGUGGGAUAGAGAGGCUUCUCACCACAGGCAAAAUCGCGAACACUUUUCAAGUAAAACUAGAUGCAACUACGACUUUUUCCGCUAUCACAGCAACGGUCCGCAACCAAAACCUCAGGAGGCUGAAAGAUGGCUGAGGCAAGCGGAAUGUGACUUGAAGGCCGCAGAAAAUGACGUCAAUCGGUCCACGGAAUGGGUGUUCUACAAAGUGCACCAGGCUGUGGAAAAGGCGAUAUUUGCCGCACAGUAUAUUAAGAAAGGGAAAAUUGACCGGGACACUGACAUAGCCCAAUUGGCGUGUGAUGUAGCCACGUACCGUAGCGAACUCGGCUCAAUUGGAGAUCAGGUGUCACAAAUGAAAGCUCUUGGCGUGGAUAACAAAGGAACUCAGUACCCCGACUGCCACUCACCCCCUCAAAUUCCCAAUGAUGGCUUUGCCUCUGACAAGGAGGAGGAAGUUAUCACUUUGGCCAAGGACGUCUUACGGAGAAUAACAAGUUAUGUACGCCUCUGAGAACCCAUCUAAUGGAUGUCCUUCAGCACAGAAGCCACUGUUACAAUCUUUUCUAAAAUUUGUUUGUAGAGGAACUUUUUUUUUUUUCCUUUUUAAGUUGACUUACAUUUUUUUACUUUCA